AGAAAAAAUCAGAUAUUUGAUAAAUCAAUAAAAAAACAAAAACCUAGGGAAAAAAAAAAACUCUAUAGUUUCUCUGAAAAUGUACGGACAGUGCGAUAUAGAAUCCGACUACGCUUUGUUGGAGUCGAUAACAAGUCACUUGUUAGGAGGAGGAGAGAACGAACUGCGACUCAAUGAGUCGACACCGAGUUCGUGUUUCACAGAUUUGCCGUUGAAAGAGAAUGAUUCAGAGGAUAUGUUAGUCUACGGACUCAUCAAAGACGCCUUCCAUUGUGACACGUCAUCAUCUGACUUGAGCUGUCUUUUUGAUUUUCCGGCGGUUAAAGUCGAGCCGACGGAGACCUUUGUGGUGGUGGAGGAGAAACCAAAAAAGGUGGCGGUUGCGAAGGCACCGGUGCCGGCGAAAGGGAAGCAUUACAGAGGAGUGAGACAGAGGCCGUGGGGGAAAUUCGCGGCGGAGAUACGUGAUCCGGCGAAGAAUGGAGCUAGGGUUUGGUUAGGGACGUUUGAGACGGCGGAAGAUGCGGCUUUAGCUUACGAUAAAGCUGCUUUUAGGAUGCGUGGUUCCCGCGCUUUGUUGAAUUUUCCGUUGAGGGUUAAUUCCGGUGAACCUGACCCUGUUCGGAUCACGUCUAAGAGAUCUUCUUCUUCUUCUUCGUCGUCGUCGUCUUCUUCGUCUUCGUCUGAAAACGGGAAGUUGAAACGGAGGAGAAAAGCAGAGAAUCUGACGUCGGAGGUGAAGUGUGAGGUUGGUGAAGAGACACGUGUUGAUGAGUUAUUAGUUACAUAAGUUUUGAUUUUGUGUGUUUUGUAGUUGAAUAGUUUUGCUAUAAAUGUUGAGGCAAGUAAAGUGUUUCCCCUGAUGUAAAUUACUAUAAAUUUUUUUUUUUUUU